AGCAGAGAAGUGGCCUCGAGGAGUGGUUCGUUGGAGUCUUCGACAUCAUCAGGCCGCAAGUGCGAUUAACCUAAAAUUUCUUUUUGUAGUGUGAAAACAUCCUUUCAACAUGGUGAAAGUCAGAUGUGCCGACCUUCGCAAGAAGGACAAGAAAGAGCUCCUGAAGGGAGUUGCUGAGCUCCAGACGGAGCUGAUGAACUUGAGAGUAGCUAAGGUUACUGGGGGAGCCGCCAGCAAAAUUGCAAGGAUCCGUGAUGUAAGGAAGGCUAUCGCUCGCACAUACAUUGUUAUGAAUCAGAAGCAGAAGGAAAACCUUCGCUUAUUAUUCAAAAACAAGAAAUACAAGCCUCUUGACUUGAGACCAAAGAAGACAAGGGCUAUCCGCAGGCAGUUGACCCCACAUCAAGCUAGCCGCAAAACAAUGAAAGAGAUUCGCAAGAACUCUGCUUUCCCAAAAAGAAAUUAUGCUUUGAAAAUCUAAGUUAAAUAAACGUUGAAAUUUA